UCCGUCAGGCCAGAGCGACAGCGCUACCCCUCCACCCUCGCAAGCCGGCGGAGAAAAGAGGACAGGGAACACGCAGGAAGAGGGGAAAAGGUGUGUGCAGAGAGGAGGGGCAGGGCCAGGGGGGAAAAGAAGGUAACCUACACCGGGAAAUAUACCCACAGUCUGCGGACCCGGAUAGCGAAGGAGAGCGAGAGCAGAAGGGAGAGGGAAAAAGGAGAGAAAGACAAGGAGGGGGAAAUGCCUGCAGAAUGAAGAGGACUGGGAGAGCCCUUACCAUGCCCGGGUGCGGCACUGCGGCCUGUGCUCUGCUCCUCCUGUUCGGGCUGCGUGCUCUGGCCGUCUGUCCCCACGCCUGCUCCUGCACACGCACGCACAGGGUGGUGGACUGCUCCAGCCGCGGCCUGAGCCAGCUGCCCGAGGGCCUGCAGCACAACAUCCGCUCGCUCAACCUGUCCCGAAACCGGCUGCAGGACCUGGACGGGCUCCUGGGCCACUUCGCCCACCUGCGCACCCUGGACAUUUCCCACAACCAGCUGCCCCGCAUGCCCAGCCGGCUCCCCCGGGCGCUCUGGGAGAUCCUGGCGUCGGGCAACCGGCUGCGCUCCCUCGAGAAGAACGACACGGCGUACCAGUGGAACCUGCGGGCGCUGGACCUGUCCGCCAACGGGCUGGAGCGGGUGGUCUUCAUCAACAACACCCUCCCCGACCUGCGUCUGCUCAACCUCAGCCACAACAAGUUUUGGACCGUGCCCACCAACAUGCCGUCCAACCUGGAGACGGUCGACCUCUCCCACAACUUCCUGGUGCAGAUCCUCCCGGGCUCGCUCGACCGGCUGCCCCGGUUGAGCCGCUUCUACCUGCACGGGAACCGCUUCUCGUCCGUCGGAGAGCCCGCCUUCGGUCGGCUGGACGGGCUGCGGCUCAUCACCCUGGACGACAACCCCUGGGCGUGCGAGGAUGAGGAGAACAUGACGGGCCUGCUGGCCUGGACGCACCAGACCUCCGCCCGUGUGCUGGGCUGCCCCUGCCACACCCACCACGUCUGCGGGGAGGCCCGCCCGGGCAGCACCGGGGCCUGGCGCUACGCGUCCUACACCCAGCGCCCGCUGGGGGCCGGGAACCGGCAGGCGGGUCGCCUGCCCCUGGAGGCCGUGACCUCUGGAGGAUGGUCCUCGCUCGGGCAGCCGGACGACAACGACACCUCCAACUUUUCCCUGCCGGCAAACCACCUCCUUUUCGGGGGCGGCUUCUCCACUGCCGGCACGAGCACCACGAGCACCACGCCGCGGUCCAGGAAGGCCAACAAGGCCAAGACGGGGGGAGUCAGAGGCACGAACCUGGGGCUCCGGACCUGCGCCCCACACGCCCUCCUUCUGAACGUUUUACUGGCGACCGUCGUCUACAGUGUGCUUUGA